GGGAGAAAGAGAAAAUCACGCUCCCAGUUAGGCGAAGAGAUGCAGCACCUUAGGUACAGACUGGAGGAAGCACUCCAGCGGCAGCAGAGGUAUUCAGUGUCCCAUUCAUCCUCAUCCCAGCUGGCACAAUCAUCCUGGGAUCAGCAUGUCCUUCCUGAUGAUCUGGUUGCCAUCGAUGCUCCCCUGGAGGAGCUUCUGGAGCAGUUGGCGGAAGCCGAGGGUCAACCUAAGCAGCUGAGGGUGAUCUCCGUAGUUGGGUUCUCUGGAUUGGGGAAGACCAUCCUUGCCCGGGAGUUGUACAACAGCGAGAUUGGCAAGCAGUUUGAGGAAAGGGCACGGGUUUCUGGGACGCAUGGGGAUCCAGGGGAGCUCUUAAGUGAGAUACUCCGUCAACUGAACAAGCCAGAUCUGGUUACCUCCAAUGUCAACCAGCUUAGUGCUGAUCUUUGCAACUUCCUGAAUAACAAGAGGUACUUCAUCGUAAUUGAUGGCAUGAGGUCAGAUCAAUGGAGUAUUGUAAAGCCUGCCUUCCCUCGAGAUGUUAGCAGUAGAAUAGUGGUGACAACAAAAAUCCAGUCAGUAGCCAAUACCUGCAGCUCAACCCACGGUUACAUACACAAAAUGAGAAGACUUGAUGAGAAACACUCAAAGCAAUUGUUUCUGAGAAAUGCUUGUCCAGGGGAAUAUUCAGAUUACUUGCAGCCUGAUUCAGCAGCAAUUUUAAAUAAAUGUGAUGAUCAACCACUUGCUCUGACUACUGUCGCCCAUUUUAUGCAAAAAAAGAGUUGGCCGACAGGACAAGACUGCGAGGAUGUGUGCAACAAGGCUCGUUUCUAUGAUCUGCAGAGCGGUGACGAUACCUUGGACAGGAUGCAUCAGGUGUUGACCCAUGACUAUGCCAGCCUUCCAAGCCAUGCCCUCAAAGCAUGCUUUCUAUAUUUUGCUAUGUUCCCUAGUGAUCAUCCAGUCAGGGCGAAAAAGAUAAAGAGCCAAUGGAUAGCUGAGGGAUUUCUGCAGCCAACAAAUUUAUGCAAUGAUCCAGCUGCUGAAAAUUUUGAGAAGCUAAUGAAUCAGAACAUCAUCCAACCCAUUAAUGUAAGCAUCAAUACCAAAGUGAAAACUUGCAAAACUUAUGGCAUGAUGCACGAGUUCAUUACGCUCAAGUCUCUCUGUGAAAACUUCAUUACUUUGUUUGAUGGAGGGGAUAGCUCCAACCUAACCAUGCCCGUCGCAUUUCUCUCCAUCAUAACAGUAUUACAGAUCUGGUGUGAGUCAUCUGCGACUAGUACUAGAUUGACUACUCUUCAGAAGGCCAUACAAGAGUUCAUUCAUGAUGAAAAGGAUGCAAGCAAUGACCCUCGUUCAUUUUCGCUCUAUUUUGAUGGAUGCUCUGAGGACUUUUUGAAAGAUUUAAAGGCUCCCUGCUAUCUUAGGUCACUGAAAUUACAGGGCAGGUUACUAGAACUUCCUGGGUUUGUCACGGCACUGCGCCGACUCAGGGAGCUGCACCUUCAAUCAACUAAAAUGACAGCUGAUCUUCUCACAGCUUUGACCAAUUUGACGCAUCUGCAGUACCUUAAGCUGAUUGCAGAUGAACUUGAAGAGAUCCACAUUAACAACAAGGGAUUGCCAAGGCUGCUUGGCCUAUGUUUUGUGCUGCAGCGUCCAACAUUUCCAAAGGUCGAAGAAGGUGCUUUGCCAUUUCUUAAAUCUCUUCAGCUGCUCUGUAAAGAUAUGAAUGGCCUCUGUGGAAUCCAGAUCAAAGGUUUCACACGACUGAGCGAAAUAAUGCUUGAUUGUAGAGUCACUGAUGGUACUAAAGCAAACUGGGUGAGGGCGGCUAAGGAACAUCCCAACAGGCCAAUAGUUGUCCUCAAAAGGGCUAUACCACCUAAGGUAGAUCAUGAUGGAGAUUCCACUGCAGCAGGGGAAACUGAGAAUGAGAUUGUAGAUCGUUCUGUUCUGUCAGAGGAACAGGUACAGGAGACUCACACCCAAAUGCCACAUGACGAAACAGAUUCUGCUUUCAAUAAUAUGGGACAGCAAGUGAUUUGUGCCGCUUUAACUGGUUCAUCCAUUGCUAACAAUGGCCGAGUGGCUUCGUAGUUCUUCAUUUCAUACAUGCAUGACUUUAUAAGGAUUCUGAUCCUUGUGGGAGCAUGACGGUCAGCUUUCUUUCCCUUCUCUUUUUAUUCUCAUGUGCAGCCAAUUUCCCUCCAGAAAUAUCUAAUAUACUAUCUUUUGCAAAGUUAAUCGGGUCAGUUCUCUCAUAUACAUCUAUCGACGUACCUAUUUUACGGUA